CUGUUCCAUUUGUAAUAAUUUCUUUUUCAAGUACCCUGUAUACAGCUGCUCGAUGCUUUUGUAGCCUUCUCAUCUGCUGCAGGGUCACGUUCAGUCAUUCAUUCAGAUAGCUUUUAUUAAAAAUCACAGCCUUCUUGUUUGCUCACUUCUUUUUUCUUUGCCCCUGCCAUUCUCCACUCCCCCCCUUCUCUCACACACAGACAGCUACAACCUUGGCUGGGGAGCGAUCAGACAAUUACACAGGUUUACAACAACAGAAGAGAAACAGGCAGACAAAAGGUGACAGCAGUCUCAUCAUGGCAUCAGCAGCUCUACAGUUCUUUGCUUUCAUUUUAGCCUUGUUUGGUGUUUUUGGUGCAAUCACAGCUGCCUUGUUGCCCAACUGGAAGGUGAACGCAGACGUGGGUUCAAACAUCAUCACAGCCAUAACUCAGAUGCAAGGGCUCUGGAUGGACUGCACAUGGUACAGCACCGGGAUGUUUAGCUGCACACUGAAAUAUUCCAUCCUCUCCCUCCCUGUUUACAUCCAAGCUGCGCGGACCACCAUGGUUUUGUCUUGCAUCCUCUCAGCUUUUGGAAUCUGCAUCGCCACCGUUGGGAUGAAGUGCACCCGCCUGGGAGGGGACAGGGACACCAAAAGCCACACGUCAUUUGCAGCAGGAGUCUUCUUCAUCCUUGCAGGAAUAUUUGGAUUGAUAUCAACAGCAUGGUACACGAGAGAGAUCAUUUCUAAUUUUCUGGACCCAGCAGUUCCAGAAAGCAGUAAGCAUGAACCAGGAGGAGCUGUUUACAUUGGAUUUAUUUCAGCAGGACUUCUACUCACGGCAGGUGCAAUCUUUGGCACUUCCUGUUUUAAAAAGCAGCAGGGAGCCUGGAUUUACCCUAAUAAGCCACACCAACAGUUUCCAGGUGCCCAGCAAGAGAACAAUUCAGGCUACAACCUUAAGGACUAUGUGUAAAUAUAGUGGCAAAUAUUAGCCAGGGUUCCUGUACAGUCAAGCGCAGCUUUAUUUACUGUAAUUUUUUUAAGUUAAAAAGUUUUCUGUUCUUAACAAAAGGGUUGCAGUUA